CCAAAAAAAAUGUCUAAGCAAAGUGUGAUGAAACAUCAUGCAUUAGAGAAACAUAGGGAAAAAGAAAAAACAAGAAGCAAUAAUAUUAGUAGUAGUUUCUUAUUAUCCAAACAUUGGAAAAAAAUUUACCCCAUAGGGUUACAUAAAACAAGUUCUUCUCUUUCACUUUCUUCACUUUCUUUAUCUUUAUCACAAACUUCAAAUGAUUCUUCUAUUACUGAUUCUUCUUCAAUCACUCCAUUGGAUCAAAAAAUCUCUCUAGCACUACGAUUAAUCGCGUCAUCAAGGGAGAAAAAAGAGGGUUCGAGCAUGUCUAAUAAGAACGUGGCUCGAACGGUUAUAAGUCCAACUUGUAACCCUAAUCCAAACCCUAGUAGUGAAGAAGAACUCAUGAGAAGGUGCAAUUGGAUUACUAGUACUAGUGAUAAGGUUUACGUGCAAUUCCAUGAUGAAUGUUGGGGAGUUCCUGUUUAUGAUGACCAUCAAUUAUUCGAGCUUCUUGCAUUAUGUGGAAUGCUUAUGGAUUUCAAUUGGACUGAAAUUUUAAAGAGAAGGGAACAAAUAAGAGAAGCAUUUGGUGGAUUUAAUGCAAACCAUGUGGCCAAAAUGGGGGAGAGUGAGAUUGAAGAAUUAAUCUCAAAUACAUCACUCAAUUUAGCAGAAAGCAGAGUUAGAUGCAUAGUUGACAAUGCCAAAUGCAUAGUCAAGAUUGUGAGAGAAUAUGGAUCAUUUAGCAGCUACAUGUGGAAUUAUGUGAAUUAUAAACCUAUAAUUAACAGAUUUAGACAUCCAAGAAAUGUUCCAUUAAGAACACCAAAAGCAGAAACAAUUAGCAAAGAUUUAUUGAAGAAAGGAUUUAGAUUUGUUGGGCCAGUAAUUGUUUAUUCAUUCAUGCAAGCUGCUGGAAUGACAAUUGAUCAUUUGGUUGAUUGUAUUAGGCAUAAAGAUUGUGUUAAUCUUGCUGAAAGACCAUGGAGGCAUGUAUGAGUUUAAUUUAUUUUAAUUAUGUAUGUUUUUUUUUUUCCUUUGAUUUAUUUAAGUUGUUUUUUGGCAAUUGGUUUUGCUUAUAACAACAAAUUCAAUGUAAUCUCACCAGUGGAAUAAUCU